GCAAUCGUGCUGUGGAUGGCACUGUCAGUGAAAAAAACCUCUAAGAGGCAGUGUACCUCUUCAAACAGCUGGGGCCCGCGCCUGCGUGUUUGGAAGCCCGCCACUCGGGAGGAAGUGGAAAGGCAGGAAGACCCGCCCCUUUCCCGGCUCAAGCGCCCCCUCGGCUCUCCCCUUGCUAGCGCUCCCGGCGGUGCGACCCUGCCGCUUGCCGUAGUGCUUGCUCGGAGUUUCCUCCGAGCAUCUCGUGGCGCCUGCGCGACCCCGCCCAUUCCCACGCGCGGGCUAGCGUCUCGAUUGCGGUCCGGCCCCAGUCCCGCGGUUCCCGGCUCUCGCUUUCCCGGCCCGGCCGGCAGCGGCUUGAGCACCAUGCUCUUCUAUUCCUUUUUCAAGUCCCUCGUGGGCAAGGAUGUGGUCGUGGAACUCAAGAAUGACCUGAGCAUCUGUGGAACCCUCCAUUCUGUGGAUCAGUAUCUCAACAUCAAACUAACUGACAUCAGUGUCACAGACCCUGAGAAAUACCCUCACAUGUUAUCAGUGAAGAACUGCUUCAUCCGGGGCUCAGUGGUCCGCUAUGUGCAGUUGCCAGCAGAUGAGGUCGACACACAGUUGCUACAGGACGCAGCAAGGAAGGAGGCCCUGCAGCAGAAACAGUGAUGGUUCCUUCUCCUCCCUGUCCCUCUUCUAUUGGUGACCUUUAACCUCAAGUCCCAGCCAGGACCCCUCCCUCCCCAUAUUGAGGAUUUGUUGUCUUUUUUUUUUUUUAAUAGUGGAGCCUUUUUUUUUUUCCUAUUGUUAUUUCAGCGAUGAGUGGAUGAGAGGAAAUAGUGUGGAGCAGCUCUCCUCUGUUGAGGAGGGGAGGAUAAGUAGGCUGGGGAACUGCAAAGUCUGCCUUGUCCUCAGCAUCUGUCCUUCUCACUCCUUCCCUGGAGUGGGAAGAAUCUUCUAGAUUCUGGUGGAAGAAUCUCCUAGAUUUCUUCAGGGCACCAUGUGAUUCGUUUUGGGGAUGGAAGGAAUCUGUCCCGCAUCGGGAAUAAACUUAUGAUGCACAUUUGA